AUGAAACUUCUCCCAAUCUGCCUCUUGUACCUGCUGCUGACCUGCCUGGCCCUGCCCGAGGCUGAAUGCCGGCUCCAUGACCACUCAGUGGAGAUCAGGAAUCCCGACAUUGACCCUUCCUGGUACACGGGUCGAGGAAUCAGACCCGUGGGCCGCUUUGACCGAAGGAGGGCCACCUUGGAGGGCUAUCAGAGGCCUGCCUAUAGACGGCAUCAAGCUUGCUUCCCUGUGGAGGACAGUAACAAGUCCGCCCAAGAUGACUGA